AUGUUGAAAGACUUCCGCAACUUCCAGCCACCUACAUUUGAAGGUGGAGAUGCUCUUGAGGCUGCAGCAAGAUGGUUGCAGAUGAUCGAGCACAUAUUCGAGCGAAUGGGAUGCCCUGAAGCUCAGAAGACCGAUUAUGCAUCGUACCAGCUGAUUGGAGAGGCAUUGACUUGGUGGACCGGUGCGAGGGCUCUGUUGCGAGCUCAUAAUGUUGAACUGACCUGGGCCGUGUUCAGGAGGGUUUUCCUGGACAAGUAUUUUCCAAAAGCUAUGAGAAGAAUGAAGCACACUGAGCUGCUGUCUUUGAGACAGGACAACAUGACAGUAAAUGAAUACAUUGCCAAGUUCGGGCAGUUGAUGGAAUAUGCCAACUUUGAUAGGAACAUCUAUGACGAGGAAUGGCAAGUGGAGAAGUUUGAAAGCGGAUUAUACCCAGAAAUCUGGAAGCUCAUGCUGACUACAGUUGCUCGCACUCUGCCUGAAUUAAUUAAUCAGAGUCGGCAGGCGGAGGACAUUAUCAAAGAAGCAAAGAAUCUGAAUAAGCAGCCAAUGCAAGCUCAGGGAGGAAGCAAAGUGGGUCCGCAGUUGCCAGCUCGGACUGGAAACUUCAAGAGAAACAAUGCUCCUGGUCAAACAUCUGCCGGACGACAGGGUUCCAAUGCUUGUCCCUCUUGUGGAAAGAAUCAUACUGGAGUCUGCCGAAGCAGGAACAACUUAUGCUACAGAUGUGGAGAGUCGGGACAUUUUGUAUCUGAUUGCCCGCAGAAUCCUAAUCGAAAUCCCACUCAAGCUAGGGUGUUCACUCUCGAUGCAAAGGAAGCUCAGAAGUAUCCUAAUCUGAUUCGAGGUAAUGUAAUUUUGAAUGGCUAUCCAAUAUCUGUUAUUUUUGAUUCUGGAGCAUCAGGUUCUUUUAUGGCGAAACACACUGCUAUGAGAAUAGGCAUCACUCCAGCCCCGUUACCUUAUGAAUUGAACAUCAGUACUCUUACGGGGGAAUCAUGUACAGCCUCAGAAAUCUGCAGAGGUGUUAUUUUGCAAUUUGAAGGAAACACUUAUACAGUGAAUUUAGUGGUUCUACCAGUAUUCAACUUUGAGGUGAUUAUCGAUAUGGACUGGUUGACGGAGAACAGGAUAACAUUGGACUGUCGAGCAGCGAAUGUCGUUGUUCCUCCUAAAGAUGGUAAUUUUUAG